CUCUCAUUCCGCGCAUUCUUCGCAUCUCUCGCGCUGCGUCGCCGCCUCGCGCUCACAUUCCCGGCCGGCCCAGAAACACCCGGGAAUAACUUUACACAGUUUAUAUAUAUAAAAAAUAAUAAUAUAUUAUAAUAAUAACAACACAGUAAAAACAGUCACGAAAUCAGAGAGGGGGGCGAAGUGUAGAUUUUGUGUCAGUUUCGGACGUUAAGUUCUUCUCUCCGCCGGGAGUUGCAGAUCCUGGAACAUUUGGGAAGUGGCGCAAAAACACGGCACGGGGAGACUUGUUGCUCUUGUUGCAUCUGCUGCGUUUGGUUCUUCUACUUCUUCUUCAUCUUCAUCAUCUUUUCGGACCUUAACCGUCUCACCCUAGUUUGCUCCAGGCUUCGGCUUGGAGGUCUCAACCGCCACCAUUGAUCCCAGCAGCUGGAGCGGCAGCGAAAGUCCUGCCGAAGACAUCGAGAGGAUGAGCGACUCGGCGGACAAGCCGAUGGACAACGACGCUGAGGGCGUGUGGAGUCCUGACAUCGAGCAGAGCUUCCAGGAAGCCCUGGCCAUCUACCCACCCUGCGGCCGCCGCAAGAUCAUCCUUUCAGACGAGGGCAAGAUGUAUGGUCGGAACGAGCUUAUAGCCAGAUACAUUAAGCUGCGGACGGGGAAGACGAGGACGAGGAAGCAGGUGUCUAGUCACAUACAGGUCUUAGCAAGAAAGAAAGUUCGCGAAAUCCAAGCUGCCAUCAAGGUGUCUAGUCACAUUCAGGUUCUUGCCAGAAGGAAAUCUCGUGAGUUUCAUUCCAAGCUGAAGGUGACGAGCAUGGAUCAGACCGUGAAGGACAAAGCCCUCCAGAGCAUGGCCUCCAUGUCCUCGGCACAGAUCGUCUCCGCCACGGCCAUCCACAACAAGCUGGGCCUGCCAGGCAUCCCUCGCCCCGCCUUCCCCGGAGCAGCUGGGUUUUGGCAGGGCAUGAUUUCCACGGGCCAGCCAGGAUCCUCACAAGAUAUCAAACCAUUCGCCCAGCAAGCCUACCCCAUCCAGCCCGCCGUCACCACAGCAAUCUCAAGUUACGAGUCCCCAGCAGCACCAGCACCCACAGUGCCAGCGUGGCAGGGCCGCUCCAUCGGCACCACCAAACUCCGGCUGGUGGAGUUCUCAGCAUUUCUGGAGCAGCAGAGGGACCCAGACUCUUACAACAAGCACCUCUUUGUGCACAUCGGUCAGACAAAUCACUCCUACAACGAUGCCUUGUUGGAGUCGGUGGACAUCCGUCAGAUUUACGACAAAUUCCCCGAGAAGAAAGGAGGGCUGAAGGAGCUCUUUGGCAAAGGCCCUCAGAAUUCCUUCUUCCUCAUAAAGUUCUGGGCUGAUUUAAACUGCAACGUUCAGGAGGAAACCGGUGCCUUCUAUGGAGUCACCAGCCAGUACGAGAGCCCGGAGAACAUGACCAUCACCUGCUCCACUAAAGUGUGCUCCUUCGGCAAACAGGUGGUGGAGAAAGUGGAGACGGAGUAUGCUCGCUUCGAGAACGGCCGCUUCGUGUACCGGAUAAGCCGAUCUCCGAUGUGUGAAUACAUGAUCAACUUCAUCCACAAACUCAAACACCUGCCUGAGAAGUACAUGAUGAACAGCGUUCUGGAGAACUUCACCAUCCUAUUGGUGGUCACAAACAGAGACACACAGGAGACCCUGCUGUGCAUGGCCUGUGUGUUUGAGGUGUCGAACAGCGAGCACGGGGCGCAGCAUCACAUCUACAGGCUGGUGAAAGACUGAAGCUCCUGUCCUAUAGACUCUCAACCUCAAUACAAAAAAAAAAAAAGAAAGUGGCAGUGCCUCUAGUUCAACACUCACCCGCAACGAUUCUCGCUCACGCCCGGGUGACACUUUUUGUUAUUACAUUAUUACGUUUUGUUUAUUUGAUUGUUCGUUUGUUUGUUUUUUCAGUCUUUAAUUAUGUAUGUGUGUUUGGAUGUUCCGACUGCAGCUGUGAAUUGCGGUACAGUUGUAUUUUAUGUUUUGAUACAGGAAAUAAUUCUUCAUUAUAAAGGACGACUCCUCCUAACUGACGUUUCUCCUCCGUAGGUUGUAUAUAGAAAGUUAACACUAUCCGUAAACUCGCGGCCGCCUCCAAUUAGAUAAAAUCUGAUCUGAGGAACGAGUCGAACGGACGCGACUGAUUUAGCGGUUUUUAAAUGUUCUAUCACACACCCUGAACGCAGAUCUUAGCCUUCUUUCUAUGGUUCAUGUAAAACGAUUACGUCUUUGUGUGUGUGUAGGCCUAAAUUUGUGAGCGUGUGUGUAUAGAUGUAUAUACUCACAUAAAAUGUAGUUCUUCAUUGUUUGUUUUUUUCUGUUUGUGUUGUUUUUCCAAAGAAAAAAAAAGUACAUUUGAAAAGAACGUUUGGUUCAUUAUCGUGGCCAUUAGACAGAUUCUACAUAUUUCUGACUUUAAAAAGACGCUUGUAGCAUCAGGGAAUUCAAAAUCCAGCCCAGGAAAUAGAAAUCUCAGGCCCUGUCCACACGUAUCCAGAUAUUUUUUUUAAAAAGGAAAUAGAGAGAGUAUUUUAAUGUGUUUUAGCUUCCUUUCUGCAUGAAAACACCAUUUUUAAUCACUACCAACAGAGCUUUUUGUAAAUGCUUUCAAAAUAGAGAUUUAGGGGAAAAGUCGUUUUCAGUAUUUUUAUGUGAACAGGCAGAAGUUGCAUUCACACCAGUAGAUGACUUUGUCUCAUCUCGUAUUUAAGACCACAACUAUAUACAAUACUUUACCAAAAUUUGGUAUCUAAUUAAUAAAAAUAUUCAAAUUGUGGCUAAUAGUAUUAUUUGUUUUACUUUUAUUUGAACUGACCCUGUAUCAGUGCAGAGGCUCAUACAAUAUAAUGUAAAACACAAAGCUCUACAAGGAGAAGACUCUUAACUCAAGCAUACAAAAUGAAACCAUUUUAAAUUAAGACAAAAUCAGAACAAUUUGUGAGGAAAUAAUGAAUCAUAAUGAGUUAUUUGCAUUAGAGUCUCCUGGUAAAACUUUUGAUGGAGCUUUUAUUUUGGCGAGUAGAAGCCGUUUCCACAAUCUACACAUUAUUAUUUAUUUGCAUUAAUCUGAUAAGGAAAAAAAAUCACUUUGUUGCCUGCUAGUGUGAACGAGGGACACUCCCUAUAUAGUGAACUACGCAAGUUAUAAAACUAGUGUCUACACGCAGAUUACAUACAGGGUUCGUACGAUCAUGAAAAACCCGGAAAAGUCAUGGAAUUUGAAAAUAGCAAUUCCAGGCCUGGCUAAGUUUUGGAAAAAUAAAAAUACCCAGAAAGUUUGGGAAAAGUCAUAGAAAUUUGCUCUACAAAUCUUUGUGUUUCAAUUUAUCGAUGCAGAAAAUCUAUUUUAAGCUAAAAAAAAAAAUGCAUCAGCUCAGAGUUAAUUCAGUAUAUUAACUCUACACAACGGAGCUCUCAGUAUCUGACACACAUUUUAUUAUUAAAGAUUGUGUGUCAACAUUAUCAUAUUAAUUUUAGGCUUACUUUAAUCAAUUUUAAUUCUAGUUUUAGUUCAUUUUUAGUUACAGAGGCCUGGAAAUGUAUUGGUUAAAAAAAGUAUGAACCCUAUACAUACGUAAAUAUAUGUUAGAUAUAUAAUGCCAUGUUUAGACUUAUAAUCAGUAAUUUCAGAUUUUAUUUUGACUUGUGUAGUACACUAAGGUUUUGUUCCAAAUUACACACUACUCCCUAUUUUCUUUCUUUUUAGUGGUGUGUUGAUGUAUGUCUCUUGUUAUGAGUGACUAUCACUCCAUGCAGAGCUAUCAUUUACAUUACAUUAGGCAGACGCUUUUGUCCGAAGCAACUUACAAUAGUGAAGUACAAAAGUAAUGGAAGUUAAAGGUAAAAACAUCUUUAUACCAUAUAAUGCCAUAUAAUAUACCAUAUACCUAUACCAUUAUAAUGCAAGAGUUUUUGUUCUACUGUGGAUGGAAAUAUAUAAGGAAAUCUUGGCAUAUACAUAUAUAUAUAUACUUUUUUAAAUAUCUGGAUACGUGUGGACGAGGCUUGAAGAAAAAAAAAAAGUUUUAUUCAGAACUAUUUUUUUUCUUACCUGGCUUUUGAUGAUUGACUGCACUGUGAUGGCGUUUUCCAGAGGUUUUACUCCACCUUCUCUUUCACUCUCUCACUCUCUCUCUGCUGUGGCUAAAGGCGAGUCAUCACCUGCAAUAACGACAAAAAAAAAAUAAUAAUAAUAAACAAUAAAUAAAAAGAAAAGCAGAGAUUUGAGAUCCAUUUACAAUCCCCCCUCCUCCACAGCCAGUUCCUGUUCUCAUGCCCUCACAUUAAAGAGUUAAAGUGUAUCACUAAAAUAAAUAAAAGUAAAAAAAGCACUACUAUACAUAAUGUACACACACAGGGGGGCUUAUCGAUAGACACAAUGUCCCAAGCACUUGAUCCUCUAGUAGGACACGCCUUAUCAAGCGAUCCUACGUUUCUUCUUUCGGAUCGCGGACAAUGCUCCUCGGAUCUUUUUGUCGAGACACAAUCGCAUCGUAUCUUAAAGACAUCAGGGAAGCUUCGCUCGAGGCUCGUCCCCUUUCUGCUUGUUGCUGGAAUGCGUACGCUCUUAAAAAUAAAGGUGUCUUAAUGGUUUGUUCCCAAUUUUGUGAAACAAUUGCUUAAAAUGGCCAUUAAGUACAAGAUAUGCAUUUUUUUUUUUAAUUAUAUAGAAAUAUAAUUGAUUACAUUAAGUUUUACCCAUUGUUGUAACACAGAUUGUCUAAAUUAAGCCUCUGGGGCAUUAAUUAUAUUUUUAUUUAAUGUUUGCUGUAUCUGCAUAAAAGCUUUCUGUUCCCUGUGGAUGCAGCAAAUUUAAAUUAAGAUUUUGACUUUUGAUAACAAGCUGAUAAUAUAAAUUGGUUUAAAUUACAGGGUAGGAUGCAAACCACUGCUUUACCAUGAUAAAUCUAACAAAAAGCUGUCUAACUGCACACGGCAAACAAUAAAAAGCAUAAGCAUUUUGUUUAAAACAAGAAUGUAAGGAAAUAGUAAAAAUAUAAACUGCCAAAUAUACUUCUUUACAUAUUCUUGAACAUACACAUAUUUAUAAAACCCACUUGUAUGCCUCAUUGUAUUGGACAUACAUAUGCAAACAUGUGCCAUGUAGUAAAGAUAAAAACAUUCAUAAAUAUACUAAAACAUAUAUGGUAUGGAAAGGUAUAAUAACUAAAAUGUGGUUUGUUGCCUAAGGGCAACACUAUGCCGUAGAGGGUUAACUUAAGAUAUUUACUAGGUUAACCAGGUCUCUUACAGUUAAUAAAGGUCCUAUUUGCUCUAGGAACCGAUGAAAAAACUGCUGGAAAAUCUAUCACCACCAUAUACAUAUACAUAUGCUUUGAUAUUACCUUCCUAAAAAACAAGUGGAUUUAUUAUCUUACAUCUAGUCUCCUCACAAAUACUUGCUGAUAAAAUGAUAAACUUGUACUUAAUGGCUAUUUAGGCUACAUUCACAUCACAGGCAUUAUUAAUCUAUUUAGAUUUUAUGCUCAGGUCAGAUUUGGAUGUCUUAAUGAUUCACAUUUAUGAAUGUAAGUAACCUGUAUUUAUCUGUCUGUAAUGUGAAUCUGUUUUGAAACAGCAUGCACGCCCACAAAUCAAAACAAUUGUUUAAUUCACUUUAGCCUGGUAAUGUGAACGCAGCCUUGGACUGGAAAUGAACUGAUUUUUUGCACAGUAUUAUGUAACCCUACGAUUCUAAACCAGUUUAUUUCCACCUUUAACACAUUCCGAACCAGGAAUCAUUUAGGAAUCUGUAUUUUUAAGAGAGUAUCUCUCCGUUUCUAUGGAUCUUCUCUUAUUUAAGGAGUCCCUCUGCUGCCUUUAACUCCAGACACCACCAAGCCCAUGCCUCUGUGGCCUCCUCCGGUCUCCUCCAGAGACUGCGAGCCUUAACCACAUGCUCGUGUGAUUUCUUUUUCUUUUCUUUUCUUUUCUUUUUCCUCCAAAAGAUGCCACUAAAGCUGUGAGCUCUUUCCUAAGCUGGAAGACUUUUCGUUCUCGUUUGCGUCACACAUCGUAGGAAUUGUACAGUACAGAGCUGCCAAAGCGUUAACAAUAUCCAGCACAGUGCCUUAGUGGAUGCCGCACGAACGUGGAAAAGUACGUCUCACUCUCUCCUGUCUGUCUCUCUCUCUCUCUCUCUCUCUCAUACUGUCUCUCACAGUCUCUCGCCCAAGAAACACUAAAACCUGAGCACGUAGAACAGUGUCUCGACCCAUCACUGCACCACUGCAUCUCUUACACACUACAGUAAACAGUAAAACACUGCUCAAACCAACUGACCACGCCUUUCUCAUCGGAAAAGACCAAAAAUGUCCUUGGAGGUACAGUGAUCUCCUCCUAGUCUCCUGCACUGUAGCAUGAAAGUGCCUUUGGUUCACCUUUUUUUUCUUAAUUUUUUCCAGCUUAGAAAAGACAGACUCUUAUUUUGCAUUAAAAAAGAUUAUCAACAGAAAAACCAAAUAAGUGGAUGUACGUAAAAAAUAUUCACCACAAUGCCUUUCCUAAAAAAUAAAGUUCUAGUAGACGACAAGGGACUAUUCAGUGGAGAACUAUUGAAAUAACAUUAUGUGACGAUUAUUGAUUAGAGAAAUUAUUACUAUAAUUAUUUAAAAUGAUUUAGACUGUAAAAUAUUUUGAGAAGCACCUCCGUUUGUAUGUGUUUUUAAAGGAAUUUAUUAACUUUUUGGGGGUAAAAACACACAUUUCUUACAGAAAAUUGGAACCUUUUAACCGUUUAUCUUAUCAGUAUCACUGUGCUAUUUUUUUUUUGUUUUCUCUUUAUAAAUACUGCAGAACUGUCUUGGUUUUACUGGAAUUUGAAGAACAAAUUUACUGUUUUUUUUGGAGGGUUUAAAAAACGUUUUUAAGUGGUGCAAAAGUCUAGCACAAUGACUGUAAUAAAACAUGGACACAAAAAAAAUUAGAGGCCAUCUAAAAAUGAUGAGUUUCUUAGAUUUUACCGAAUUGAAAACCUCUGGAAUAUAAACAAGAGAAAGAUGGAUGAUCACAAGCCAUCAAACCAAACUGAACUGAUUUAAUUUGUGCACUAGAAGUGACAAAGUUAUCCAAAAGCAGUGUGUAAGACUGGUGGAGGAGAACAUGCCAAGAUGCAUGAAAACUGUGAUUUAAAAACCAGGGUUAUUCCACCAAAUAUUGAUUUCUGAACUUUGAAUACUUUAUGAAUAUGAAUAUGAUUUUUUUUCCAGAGCUGUAUAUAUAUAUAUAUAUAUAUAUAUAUAUGGAAAUAGGCAGAGCUACACAUUAUACUGCAACCAGCCAACAGUGGCGCUAGACUGCUGUCCAUGUUUUCUACAGUCAUUGGUCUAAUUUAUCAAUUGGGAAUCAUUUUUAUGGUUUUAAAAACUCACUGAACUCAUUCAUAUUAUGAAUAUUUUUUUUAUACAACAUGUACCCAAGUUAUCCAUUCCAGUCGUUUCUAAAGAACAGUCACGUGGGUUGUGACUCUGCGUGACUGACUGAUCUGUAUGUUCUUAUGUACUGCUUAAUGUAAAGUGUGGAGUUUUAGUGUUCGCUCUCUCUGAAAGCGACAGGACUAUUUUUAAUGGUUUUUGUGUUUGCCCUCAGCUCUCCUCUCUGUUCUGGUUCGCGUCUCGUCGCGUGAAUUCUGGAGGCGUGUAAUUCCUGUUUUUCUGUGUAUGCGAUGGUUUUGUGAUGUCAGUAAAUCGGAGGCCCAGUGAAGGGCGGUGAAACUGUUACUGCUGCACUGCUGGUACCUUUCCACACUGUCGGUUCAGAAGCCCGAAAACGAUUCCAGCUGCCACCCCUUUACUCGGCUCAAGAGCCGAAAUCAAUGCCUUUAACACGAUGAAUGUUAGGACACUGUUUUGAUAGUAACGGACACUAAAGCAGUUGCUUUCUUAACGGGAUCACGUCAGCAGUCUAGCUCUUGUUCUUUAUUUGUAUUUUGUCUGUGUGUAGGUACUGGUACCUCCUUUGUUCAUUACCAUUUAAGACGUUGGCUUUAAAGUGAACUAUUCUCUAGUUCAAAAUAGUAUCAUAAAAAAGAAAACUAUUGGGUCUGUGUGCAGAGAUUUUCUUUUUUUGUAAAAAGGUGCUUUGUAUAAAAUUAUAUAUUCUGGCUUUUCUUGGUACAAAGGUGUGAUAUCUUUUAAUAUCCAUAACGACGGUAAAGCGUUGGAGCAAAGGCGAGGGGGGAGAAGAAAUCCUGCUAUGUGUAUGUGUUCUUUACUGCAUAUGGUCUUGUCUUUGCUCUGUAACAUUUUGAUGCCUUCUUGAUAAAGUGGUAGAUAUUUUGUAGCUUUCUAGAUACUUUGUAUGUAUACAUUAUUGAAUAAAAUAAGUAAAAACA